AUGUCGUGCGGACCCAAUGCCCGAUGCAAUGGAAGUCUUGGAAGGUCAUGCCUGAGGAGAUCAAGACGGAGGUGUGCGGCCAGUUGUCGAUCUACGAACUACAACUUGGAGGACCUCAAUGACGAGUCGUUGACAUACGUCAAUAGACUCUUCUCUGAGAGGUACAAGCGGUGGAAGAGCGACUUGCACCACCAUUUUGAGGCUUUUGAUGAUUCGGAAGUCGCUCUCCAGGAGGGUUGCCCGAAGGAGCUUGAGGGGCGGGAGGAUAGUGGGGCGUGGCUUUGUGCUCAUUUUCAGGCGCUCGAUUUUGUGUCAAUAAGGGCAAUAGGAAGAAGAAGACUCUUCUCCACCAUUCAGGUUCCAGGGCUUUCUCAUAUAGGAUGGAUGCACUGCGGCAGGGGGGGGUCCAAAUUCCCAAAGAUUGACGUCUUUGGCGACGUUUAUGUUCGACCUGGGAAUGAGUUGACCCAAUCCCUUCAUACGACGAUGGUGGAGAGGAGCCAGUUGGUUCUUCAGGAGUCCGCCUCCCAACUUCCUCCCGAUACUCCGAUCGAGUCUGUGGAUCCUCCACAGGAUGUUGGGUUUCAGAUUUUGACGGAGACGUUGGAUCAGACUCUCGGGUGGAGGCCGAGGACAUAUUGUCGAGGGAUGGGGAAUGCCCGGCGGAGGGAACCUAGACCCCGUUCAUCAGCGCAAUCAAAUAGUCAGGUGAAUGCUUUGACAGCACAGGUGGCCACUUUUCAGAGUCAGAUGUCGGUGAUUCUACAGUCCCUCGUGCAGUCCGGCAUUCCAGUCUCGCAUUUUGAUGUGUUGACCUCCGAGCCCGUCCACCCCGAGCAUCCCCACCAGACCACAGCCCCUGUAGACCCCCAGACCUCCGUGUCGCAUAUGCCAGACGACAAUGUAGAUUUUGGGACAUUAUUUGAUUAG